AUGCGUGGUAUGGGUUGGGUUUCAGGUACGGAUCGGGUAGCGGCGACAAAUGCACCGCAGCGGUUACAAUACACAGCGGCUGUAACGCAAACAGGGGAGAAAGAGGGGCAGAGGACGAAGAAUGACGACGCUGCAGUGUAGAUGCAUGGCAGAAAAGAAGUUGUUUCGGCGGGAACUUGAUUCUUGGCGUUACAAAUUGAUACACUGCGUCGGGUUUGAAAGCAUUCUGGAGGGAAUUUAUGGCCCGCUGCCGAGAGACCUCAAUUUAUUUCAUGACUGUGAACCGGAAGAGGUAGAUGACUGGUCUCCAGAAUCAAACUGCUCUCCGUGCUCUUUCUGCAACGUGCUCCUGGACAAAUCUAGUGAUCAAGCACCUGCAGCCACGUCGCCCCUCUCCUCCCCCUCUGAUUACUCACCUUGUCAGGCCCCAACCAUCUCUGAGAGCACCCAAUCAGCACACAAGUUCCUCCAAGCUGUGUUCCACAAGAAAGAUGUGCACCUGAGCAGUGAUUCCAACAUACCUCAGAUUGCUCAGGAGCUGAUGAAGAAGAUGAUAACCACAUUUGCUAAGGAGUAUGCAUCCAAGUGCCUGCUCCACACCAAUACAAAUGGUGUCACAAGGACCUCAUCACCCUUGUCUGACGCGUCCGAAGCAUCUGACGCCCCUCUGGACCUCACAGUGAACCGAACUCCGGAGGAGAACACGAUCGAAGAUGGUGUGCUGGACCUCUCCAACCGGAACUCUGCCUGCUCAACAACUUCGUCAUCAUCAGAGAAUCACAGGGGAUCAGGCUCCCUGGUGCCAUCUUUCACAGAAGACAAGGCAGGUCAGCAACAGCGAGGGACUAAGUUUGGUCAAUGUUCUACAUUGGAUGAUGUUCUGAGUUCUCUCUGCCCAGCUCACCAAUCCUUAAUCUACCAAAUCCUCAAGUAUGCUUGCCAUGAAAAAGAGAUGCUCAGGAACGAAAGGGACACUGUUUUAUGUUCCAAGAAGCUGCAUUGCACUUCGUGUCAGAGUCUUGUUGCAGCCUCUCCUGCAUCGUGCCAUUCACCUUGCACACCCUCUUCUAAUUUAUGCUCGUCCUCUUCCAUAUGUUGUGAGAAACGCAGCUUCCAAAUCAAGAAAACAACAGAUGGAGAGGUAGGAGAUGGAGACCCUCCUUGUCCUGUUCUGAAGAGAGAGCAGAGUCCCUCUCCUCCCCCUCUUUCCCCAAUCCCGUCAGAUUUCGGUAAGAAAUGUGAUGAAAACCCACCCUCUCUGCUUCACCAAGAGGAGGAUGUUAAUCUCAUGGUACAGAGUUUCGUAACUGCAAGCUACGAAGCCUCAGAUGUCAAUGCAACUACAGAAGAUGCUGAAAGUAAGAUUGCUGAAAGAAGUCAGGCUGAUAAGAAUCCAAGUGGGACUUCACUGCAGGAUGUCAUGGAUCGUUUUAGUGAGAAACUGGAGACAAUAACACCUCUUGACAAGGACCCUACUCUGGUUUCUACGGCUAUCUAUGUUUCUGAAAAGGAGCAGCCGUUAUCUCCCUCAACCAGCUACAACCUGCCUUUUCGUGCUGAUGCCCAUGUCACUGAGAUCAUCACCACAGUGCUUCGCACAAGCAGUCCUAGUGAUUACAGCUUGAGUGAGCUGUUUAGUCGCCAAGACAAAGAAUCCAAGUCACCCGUUACUAGAUCCCGUCAUCGCCAGAAUGUUGAAAAACCUAAAUGCACCCCUGAGAUACAGAACAACAAUGACCAACAAAGUUCAAGUGUACAAAAACAGGUAAAUACAGUGGCUACAAGCUCAGCUAAACAGUGUGUUUUGUCCUGCAAAGAAGGUGGUGAGGGUUGCAGUUCUACAAAUGACAAAAGCCACAAGGGAUCCCCAUCAAGUGAAACCACUGAGGCUGAAAGAUCAGGUAAAAGGAAAGCUUGUGCUAUUAAAGGGAGAGUGUGUCAUCUGCUUAACAUUUCUGAGGGUGCAAGAAGAUCAAGGAGAAAUAUAGUCCCUCCACCGCGGUUCUCCUCCUAUGUCACAGAGCCCAGACGUAUGUUCUUUGUUGCGUGUUUCUCUGAACCUAUCUUCAAUCAGAAAGCACAAAAGGACAAGGCUUCAUCUAGCACCAAUCAUAUGUCAUCCAAAGAUCCAGAUGCUAAGGAUGCCAACGUAGAAUCCAGAAAUGACGUUUCUUUGUCCUCAUGUGUGAACACAGGGAAGCUUGCCUUUCAGUCAGCAGAAAAAGGACAUGAACUAUCUCACAUGGAAGUGAAAAGUCAAAGCCAGGUCACUCCACAGAUUGUGACUGCAAAAGACCAAAGUCCUAAAAAACAUCGCUCAGGCAAAGAGAACAAUAGUAGUGACAGUGUUGUCCCUCUGUUAGGACGGCUACGAUCAGCAUCAUCAAAAAGAGUACAGGACUCAUCAAAUAUGGAUGUCCCUAUAAAUUCUGAUACCUGUCUUGAGAGUCUUAAAAAUUCCCAAGUCCAGUACACUAGUCCAAUUAAACUUAUGUUUGUAUCACCAGUAAAGGAUAAAGAGGGAGUUAAAUACAGUCUCAAAUCAGCAGGCUCUGGUUCUGGCUCACAAACAGAACAUUUUGAUCCCUGUGAAGAGUCUUCAUGGUCAGGGACACUUCAGAAGCACACAAUCCAGAGCAAAAAGCCUGCAAUAUCACAAGUAAAAUCAGUUGUCUCACCACUAAAAUCUUCUGCCUCAUGCAUACGGUCUUCUUGUUCCCCAACCAAGUCAUCUUCUUCACCAGCCAAGUCUGGUUCCUCAACACGCAGGUCUCCUUCAUCACCAGCCAAGUCUGUUUCCUCAACACGCAGGUCUGGUUCUUCAACACCCAAGUGUGAUUUGUCACCUGCCAAAUCUGGUUCCUCAACACCCAAGUCUCUUUAUUCACCAUACAAGUCUGAUUCUUCAGUAUCGAAGUCCUCUUCCUCACCAAGCAAAUCUGCUUCCUUAACACGCAGGUCUGCUAAUUCACCAUCCAAGUCUGGUUCUUCAACACCCAAGUGUGCUUUGUCACCCGCCAAAUCUGGUUCCUCAACACCCAAGUACGGUUCUUCACCACGCAAGUCUCCUUCUUUGCCCAGGUCCCCUUCCUCAUCACCUAAAGAUGCUUCCAGAGGAUCAGGUGAAGGUACUCCAACUAAGCGCGUAGCUGGAGCUGACAGCCAGGGAUUAUCAGGUAACUCGACUUCUUUUCAUGAAACCACUCCACCAAAAAGGCGUCCUGGGCGUCCGAAGAAACUGGGACCACAGCUGGAGCAAAAAGCAAAAAGGCCAAUUGGCCGACCCCGUAAGCAGAAGACUUUGGAUUCCGAACCUAAAAAUGUUAAAAUGGUAAAUGGUAAAUGUCAGUUGGCACCUAAUAUUGAGGAGAAUACAACUAAAAACCUCAAGAUAACAGUCGUAUAUGGCCGUUCGAGGAGAAACAAACGAUUGGUGUCAGAGGGCUUUGACCAGCUGCAAACAGAAUUUCAUGACGCUUGGCGAGCCGUAAAUCUAUUGCACAACUCUAAGACCAGCUCAGGUAGUAUUAAAACAACCUCAGAGGAGUUGGAUUUUGUCAGACCAGCGAAAAGGCCUGCUCCUCAAUCUGGCAGUAACAUCAAAUGUCAAAAGCAUGAUGAUUCUGUUCGCUCAAGGAAACCAGGUAGACCUGCAAAGGUUAAAAUCUCUGGAAUCUCAGUCACAGUGACCACAGUGUCACCUCGUCAACGUAAAAUUCAAAUCAAUAAAGAGAAUAGGCAGUCUCCUGAAAUGCUGGCUCCUAGGAAAGUACUUCUACAAGACUUCAUGUCUGCCAAAGAGCCCAGGACAAUCAGUCAUCAGUUAAUGAGCAAAAGGGGUCAAAAAGAAGAAGGGAAAGAAACAGAUGAUGGUAGUAAAGAUGAACUCUCCAAUCAGCCUGUAGUACGACACUCCAAGAGAGUGAGAAAGCCAUCAAUACACUUUUUGCAUGCUGUUGCCACCUCUACAUCAUAUAGCCGCAGCAAUGCGCUGGUACGACGCUCUAAACAACUUCUUUUAAACAAGGCAAACAGUGAAAGGAGACAGGAUGAGCAGCAAAGUAGUUUCGAAACUUCAGGUGAGAAGAGAAAGUCAUGUGGACCACAGAAGAAGGGCGUUUCUCUAGACGUAAGCAGAUUGGCAGGGGUAUCUGUUGAUUCGAUCUUUAGGUCUAAAGAGACAUUAAGGUGGUGGGCAGCAUCAGCUGAGGAAAAGACAAUGAACCAGGAGCUCGCCAGACGAAUAAGAGUCAUCUCUGACACUUGGGUCUCAGACGCUGUGGACAACCAAGAAAAAGAAUUGGCCCUCGAUUCUAAACUAGGCACUAAAGACAGCAGUUUAUUUGCCAAGAAUUCAAAUCAUUCCUCUGUGGUCCGAACACUGUUUGACUGUUCGCCCAACAAACCAAGGUCCUGUAGCAUGCAGCAGAUCUGCUCCUGGUUUAUGGAGACCACCGAGACACAAUCUCUGGCCAUUGUCAAGAAGGCAAGCUCCCGUAAUUGUUACGAACUUAUGCACUUCCCUCGUUCUGCUAAUGCAAAAAGUGUUUGCCACAGUCCUCAGGCAGAGCGACUCCGCAAACACAUCAAGAAGUUUGCCAAAAUGGUGCCAAAAAGCCCUUUACAGCAUCAGAAGGCUCAGAGACGGCUGAGGAAGAGAAACAAAGCAGCUGUGUCAACACACAGACGACAACUUUUUACUUUAAGCAUUGCAAGCAAGCGCACUCGCCAAGUCCAGCCGUUGAGAGGCAAAGCAUUUAGUAUAUAUCAAGCCACUCUGGUUAGAGCAAGGACACGUUUUCUAACCCGGAAAGAAAGGGAUAGGUGGCAAAAUGGGGCUAGGGACAGGAGAAACAUAAAAGCAGUAUCAUGUUGUAGAAAUGAACGUAUAGUAACUGGACUACAAUCUAAACGUAAAGCAUUAUACACAUCCACAAACGAUCGGCACUCUGUUGGUUUGGAAAACGGUUCUGCCGCCUCUUCGGUUAGCCAAACUCGGGAACUCGUGGAUGUACACAAAGAGCAGAACCUUUGCUCCAAAGCCUGGGGUCCUGAAACGCUGAAAGAGUGCCGGGUGUUUCUAAGGAAGAUCAACUCUCCUGAUAGCGAAUCGGCUGAGGAAGAGUGGGACUCUUGUACUGUGACACUGGAAGGGUCACCUUCUGCAUACCUCUUUGCAGAACAGGACAGGCAACUGGUAAGAUUCGUUAAAGCUGUGAAAACUGAAAGAAAAAGGAGCAUUAAUAGGACUGCCUCGAAAGAGUUGGCAGAUUCUGCAUCAAAAUCAGUCCAGGAGCAGGAAGCAAAGCCAGCAGGGAGGCAGAAAAGAAAAUUCAAGAGUCCCAGGGUUGCGUCUACUGAACCACCACAACCACCACCAGCGAAAAUCUUGAGACAAUCGCGAAUGAGGGGCCUGACUGGGCCGAGAUGGCGUGACUUUGUCCUUGAAAGCUAACUGAAGCAUGAGGCCUCCUCUUCCUGGGAAAGGGACUGUGGUUUAACGUGGUGCCUUUGGACUUUGUGCUGACCACGUAGACUGGCCAUCUCAGUAUGGUUCAGUCUUACAAUCAGCAGCUAUGUAGCAGUCUAACUUAAAAGCUUGAUGUUGCACUAUUUUUAUCCAUGGAUAUGUAUGUACAUUUUGUCAUCUUGCCUUUGUCUUUCUGAAGGUGUAUAGUAGAUCAAUAUAAUAGUUACUUCAGAGUUUUAAUGGAAAAGUGCUUAUACCGUGAACCCUGUCAGAGUGGUCAUAGAGGAAUGAAAGCUCGACUGCCAUCUCCCUAAAAAUGUACCUUUACUGAUACUAAGACCAACACUUCUUCUCGGAAAUGAGCCCUUACUGUAUAUCUUAACCUGACAUUUAUCAUAAUUUUUACUACUUUAAGCCACAAUGCCAGCUCUAAAACCCCCACUUAUUUUAUUUAUAGUGACUCGUACUUUGGCACUGUUUUGAAUGUUUAAUUUGUAAUUUAAUAUUUGCUUUUGUAUUUUAGGUUUGCUUAAAGUAUAUUGGAAUUUGAUUUGAAACUUUCUCUUAAUCCGAGCCUUUUGUUUUCUCUACUGCUGUCGCAAACAAGUAGCCAAAACAGGCUUUUAAUGAAGGAAUCUUUCAGUUCACUUAACACCCAAUCUUAACUCCAGUAGCUAUCUGUGAAAAGGCCACAGCUGUAAGAGUGUGUCUUGAAAUGCACUAAUUGGCCUGUACUAAAACCAAAUAUUUGAUGUCAUGAGUUCUUUUUCAAGAGCAUUUUCAGUUGUCAAUUCCCCACAAAAUGCAGAGGUGUCUGUGAAGUGACAGAAAUGGCAUUAUGCAGUUGUAGAACAUAGCUUCUGGUUAAUUUCAUGGUUUGUGGGAUCUUUCUUGUUUUUAUUCAGUUAUCUUUCUAAGAACGUAUUGUUUUCACCCAAAGCAUAUACUGUAUGUUGCUGUCAGAUCGACUUUUUGCACUAUUGAGCCCCUUUCAGACGUGAUGUAUGCACCGCUGGCUUUUCGUUAAAGUGCUGACAUCCUGUCAGUCAGACGUAUGGUGCUUUUACAUUGUUUCUCACAAUUUACUCGUAUUUAAUCUGUGAUUUUUUUUAUUUUUUAUUUUUUUAUUUGCGCUUGUUGUUCACAAAUAUUUAGCCAGUGACCUCCCAACUUUGAAUGACUAGAAUUUUUACGUUUUAUUCAGUAUGAUGUGAAACCGACGACUGGGACCACAAAAUCAUCUGAAAAACUGAGCUGUGAAGAGGGUGUGGGCGUUUGUCUCAUAGAUUUAGGCACGAUCCUAGAGACAGGUUGGCAACCACCAGUUACUGGGGAAAAAUGAGUUUUCCCUGGCCAGCUGUUUAACUAUUAAUUUCUGCUGUUGUCACUAUGAACAGGGUAUUUUUCUUAAGCGUGUGCGUUGCACGUAUAAGUAGCUGCAGACACCACUGAUGAGUAGCAUUUCCUGUUACUUUCUGCACAGGUUGUUUGUAAACUGCAACAUCUCAGCGGGCAAGUCUAUGCCAUCACUGCAAAUUGGCAGGCAUGCAGAUGUCUUGCACACAAUCUGCUGAUGCAAUUUACAUCACUCAGACUUGCCUACGUGGGAAGUGGAACGCACCCAUUACUGCAUGUAUCCUGCUGAGAGAGCUGUACCCUGCCUCUCCUGCACAGGCUCAGAGAGAUGUUUGCUGUUGUUUCGAAACAGAGUUGGCGAGAUAAAAUCUCAUUGUGUACCUGGUAUUUCUGUUCAGGUCUUUAGGUUGAGAGCUCAACAACUCGCAGGUCCACGCGAUACGGUCGCUGUCCUAAUCUCGCAAGUUCCUUUUAAGUUGCAAUGCGACGCAUGCAGUGUAGAAGUUGAUACACUAAUGUUGCAAGUUCAACAUUAGUAAAAGCUUUGCCGUCGUGGCUUUCACAGAAGAGUGACCGGGGUCUUCCUUCGCACAUGAAACCUACGUGUUUUCAUGCUGUCAGAUCAAAGGAGAAGAGUGCACGUCUGAAAGGGGCUCUAUAUUUGAGAUUAAUCCCACUACGCAGAUUCCUCCUCCCAUAUUUUGCACAUCCCAUCUCCCACUACCACUCCCCCCCCCUUACUGUAAAACUAGAAUCUGUUUGGUGCAAUACAAAUCCAGAUGAUUUAUCAGUAUGUAGUAAUUAUUUUAUUGCUGACAGACGAAUGGAUGUACAUGAGUACCAGUGGCCUGGGAUGUUACUUCAGUUGUUUCCAUAGCCAUGUAAUGUGAUCUUAAAGGAUUCUGCUAUACAAACUAUGUUUGCCCACCUGCGUUGGUCUCAUCAGAGAAACAAAAAUAUAAGAAUUUUUUUUUUUUCCUCUUACACGUAAUAGCAUUAUUUACUUUUUAAAUGUUGAGUUGUCACUGUUUCCCUGGAUUUUCUGUUAUUUUCUUAAGUUGCAGCAAGGGACGCCGACCUCCACAGGAGCUCAGCUAGGACUAGGCCUGAGAGUUGAUGGGGUAACACUAAUCUUGGAUCAAUGUUAUUGUUUUUCUGCCAUCUGUUCAGAGACGGGCAGAUCCAAGGUGUCCAGCUGUAGGUCAAAAACUUCACCCUUUAGGGUGUGUUGUAACCUGACUACCGUUGUAUGCAUGUCACUAUGGUUGCCGUUUCAACAUAAAGGAGGUGGGCAAGUCUGUCAUUUGAUAAAUAACCAUCAGCCCUUUGUUUGUUGAAGAACCUGGUGCUAUACAUCUGUUGUAUAUUUUCUUUAUCAUGUGUUUUUAUACUGUCCAAUACAGAUGCAACAAACAGGUGUCUGUGACUGAACCAAUAAAGAGUCUUUUGAGAUAA